CCCUAUAUAAACUGUAGCAAAGAAGAGGAACCUGAGGAAAUACAGAAAAGCAGAUUGUGUCCAUUGAACUUAGACGCGCUUACUGAAACCUAGCGUACUGAAACCUAACCCGGACGUGUUCCGGUUGAGAAAACAGGAUUGCAUACGACCCGAUAAGUCCGAAGUUUCAAGUGUAGAAUUUGUUGUGGUUCUGAAAGAAACUCACAUCAACCCAAAUUGAUCACUGCAGGAGUAGCAUGUGCUAGCUUCCCGGGUUUUGUUUGUUGAUUGCUCUUCGAUCCUUGCUGAAGAUUCUGUGCAAAAUGGAUUUGGUAGCUAGUUGCAAGGAAAAAUUGCAAUAUUUUCGUUUGAAAGAGCUCAAAGAUGUGCUCACUCAAUUGGGACUCUCAAAACAGGGAAAGAAGCAGGAUCUUGUUGAUAGGAUAUUGUCUAUUCUUUCAGAGGACCAAGCUUGUUACUUUUUCCCAGUUUCUAAAUUGUGGAUCAAGAAGAAUGCAGUUGGAAAACAACGAGUGGCCAAAUUAGUGGAGGACACAUAUAGAAAAUUGCAGGUAUCCGGGGCCAUUGACCUGUCAUCGAAGGGACAGGGCUCUGAUAGCAGUAAUGUGAAAAUUAAAAAUGAAAUGGAGGAUUCCUUUCUAUCAGAUACUAAGAUUCGCUGUCUCUGUGGAAAUGUAUUGGAUACGGACCCAUUGGUCAAGUGUGCAGAUACAAGAUGUCAUGUGUCGCAGCACAUCAACUGUGUUGUUAUUCCAGAGAAACCUACGGAUGGAACCCCACAUGUUCCUGAUAAAUUCUACUGUGAAAUAUGUCGAGUUGAUCGGGCAGAUCCGUUCUGUGUUUCAGUGACACACCUUUUGUUUCCGGUGAAGUUGACAACAACCAAUAUUCCCACUGAUGGAACCAGCCCAGUACAGACUGUGGAAAGAACGUUUCAACUCACUAAAGCAAACAAGGAGUUGGUAUCGAAACCAGAAUAUGAUGUUCAGGCUUGGUGUAUGCUUUUGAAUGACAAGGUUUCAUUCAGGAUGCAAUGGCCACAAUAUACAGAUUUAAAAGUCAACGGUCUUCCUGUUCGUGCAAUUAACAGACCCGGUUCACAGGUGCUUGGGCCUAAUGGUCGUGACUCUGGUUCAGUUAUCACACCAUAUUCAAAGGAUGGAAUUAAUAGGAUUUCCUUGACAGUGGUGGAUGCUCGCAUAUUCUGUUUAGGGGUUCGAAUUAUUAAAAGGCUCACCGUGCCAGAGAUUCUAAGCAUGAUUCCAGAGGAGCCUAAUGGUGAGAGUUUUGAAGAUGCUCUUGCACGUGUUUGUUGUUGUGUUGGGGGUGGAAAUGCAAAUGAUAACGCUGAUAGUGAUAGUGAUUUGGAAGUGGUUUCAGAUACUUUUAGCAUCAAUCUUCGUUGCCCAAUGAGUGGUUCAAGAAUGAAGAUUGCAGGAAGAUUCAAACCUUGUGUUCACAUGGGCUGUUUCGAUCUUGAAGUUUUUGUUGAAUUGAAUGAACGAUCAAGGAAGUGGCAGUGCCCCAUAUGCCUUAAAAAUUAUGCUUUGGAGAAUAUCAUCAUUGACCCUUACUUCAAUCGCAUCACUACUCUGAUGAAAAAUUGUGGAGAAGAGAUUACAGAGGUCGAGGUGAAGCCUGAUGGUUUUUGGCGUGUCAAGGUUAAGAAUGAAAGUGAACGUCGGGAGUUGGGAACUCUUGCUCAUUGGCACCGUCCUGAUGGAUCCCUCUUUGUCUCUACUGAUGAAAUCAAUAAAAUGGAAAAUUUAAAGCUCAAACAGGAAGGUGUUUCAGAUGGUCAUAUUGGUUUAAAACUUAGGAAGAAUAGUAACGGUGUUUGGGAAGUCAGCAAACCUGAGAAUACAAACACCUCUUCUGGUAAUAAUAGAUUGAAUGAGGAUCUUGAAAAUAUUGAACAUGUUAUUAUUCCAAUGAGCAGCAGUGACACUGGAAGUGGCCGGGAUGAAGAUGAUCCAAGUGUAAAUCAGGGUGGUGGUGGGCAUAUUGAUUAUUCUACUACCAAUGGUGUUGAGAUUGAUUCUGUGUUUAACAGUAAUAUUGAUUCAGCAUAUGGAUAUUCUGUUCAUAAUGCUUCUGCUCCAAUUGGUGAUGCAGAAGUUAUUGUUAUUAGUGAUUCAGAAGAAGACAACGAUGUAUUGAUGUCUCCAACCCCUAUAACUGGGUACACGAAUAAUCAAACUAGUGCUGCAGUUGAUGUUUACUCGGUGCUAGAGCCUGGAAUUCUUGAUUCAUAUACGGAAGAUCCCAAUCCUGGUGGAAAUGCAAGUUUAGGAGUUUUUAAUAGUCAUCCCAGUGAAGAUGAUUUUGGGAUGUCCUCCCUCUGGCCAUUGCAAUCUGGAACUCCAGCAGUCCCAGGAUUCCAAUUAUUUAGUUCUGAAGUGGAGGACGUGUCAGAUACAUUGGUUGGUUUGCAGAGUGGUAACAUCAAUUGCUCAUCGUCACUGAAUGGUUAUAUGUUGGCCCCGGAUACUGCUUUGGGAUCUAGCACUCUUAUGCCAGAUUCCUCGGUGGCUCGACCUGAUGAUGAUUUAAAUGGUGGCUUGGUUGACAAUCCACUGGCAUUUCCCAGAGAAGAUCCCUCCCUUCAGAUUUUUCUCCCUACAAAACCAGCAGAAUCAUCCAUUCAGCAUGAAUUGAGUGAUCAUGCGGACAUAUCAAAUGGUGUCUUCACGGAGGAUUGGAUCACUCUUAGUCUUGGAGGUGGUGCUAGUGGCCGUAAUGGUGAUGCUUCCACUGCAACUGGAUUGAAUUCCAGACCGCAAAUAGCAUCUGGAGAAGGUGCCUCAAAUUCCUUGACAGAUACCGGAAUCAUGACGCUAGCUAAAGCUAAGAUUGGAACGAAGAAUGUCUUCUUUGACAUGAAAAAGAUUGCUAUUGAGAACAAGAAAAAAGAUGGUAGUCGGGGUACUGAAAAAGGUCCAAUAGUAGAAACAUAUCCACCCUGGCUACAACAAGGAGGCAAGGGGAUAAAGAGCAACAGGUCGACUAACCCUUGGGAGUAUGUUGGGACUUCUUGGUUUGACCAUAAAGACUAUGGAAGUCUUGUGGUGGACGACAUAGAUAUGUAGAAAAACAUAAGCAUAUCCUUAUCUGAGGAAGAGGCGCGUUUGGUUGGUGACAACUCUCCAAAUUCGCUGAUGAAUGCACUCUCCUAAAAAAGGAGAUAGAGGAUGAGGAAAAAAUCAAGAUGGACAAUGUGUUGGCCAAGCUGAAGAAUCAGAUGAUGGCUAUGAAAAUCAAGAAGGAAGAAUGGGAGAACAAUCGAUCAGAAAUCAACAAGAGGCUAAACUCUUGGAAAAAUCGUUGCCUAGAGGCCGAGGGCAAAUUAGAAAAGGCCAAGAAGAUGAUUAUUGAAGGGAAGCAAGCUCGGGAGAGUGUGGUUGAGGAGUUGCUGGAAACCCAAAAGUUAGUGGUAUCUAAACAUGAAGAAGGCUUUAAGAAAGCACUUCGCCAAGUAGCGCUCCUCUACAACAUAGAUGCUGGUGACAAACGCUUUGAUGUGAACAAAAAUGUUAAUAAAAAAACCUUGGUUCAACUAGUCAAUAUGUCUGUCUUAGAUGCCAGUGAGGAUGAUGCUAAAGAUGUUGAGGAAGUUGUCGGCAUCAAAGGAACUCCCUCUAACUUGACUCCUUUACACCUUGGUAUCAAUGAUGUUAGAUCUGACAAGGCGAAUGGGAAAAGAUCUGAUUCAGACAGCCCUUUCUCUUUUCCUCGCCAAAAACGUUCAGUAAGGCCCCGC